UCUUCUGGGCUCGAGACGAGAAACAAGCCCCCGUGUUAUACAGGUACCGACCGGGUCAUGAGUCGAUGUUUUCUUCCGGGCGGCGUGAGACGAAUACGAUAUUUGCAUCAUUGCAUGAACUGCUGCAUCACUUUUAAAGAAACUGAGAGAGCCAUUGUAAUAGCAGGAAACAACACAUUCUCUUCCUUUAUAUAGUGGUAAGGAUCGCUCAUAACGUGUUCGACGGAAUGACUAUGAGAAAGUAGUUUGCGGCAUGGAGUUGAAAGACAUGUAAUGUUUUUUCUCAGGACUCGGCUGUCUCUUUUUCAUGGUUUAUGAGGUUCCCGGCUUGUUGGGAUUAUGAUGGAGGGAUGAAGCUUUCCAACUUUUUCUGUUUUCCGACAUGGGAAGUUCUUGUUGCUGCAUUGUCAUCCAAGAGUUCUUGUCCUUUGUGACAAUGGGUUCCAAUGAUGAAGAUGAAGAGAGGUGCCAUCUCUGGCUUCAGAAGUUACGUUCAAGUCUUGUCCGAUCGGUCUUUCCGACAUGCCCCCAAGGCUAGACUUUUAUGUCGAGGAUUCAGUUUUUCUAGAUCCACUGAUACGAGACCAUUCCCUAAUUAUUCACCGAAGAAACCUUCUGUCAGAGACACUGAACUGGUCCACCAAAUUACCAAUGUCAUAAAGCUGCGUCGGGCUGAGCCCCUUAGACGAAGCUUACAGCGUUAUGAGUCCAAGUUCAGGCCUGAUCACUUGAUUUGGGUUCUGAUGAAGAUUAAGAGUGAUUACGGUUUGGUUCUGGAUUUCUUUAACUGGGCAUGCUUUCGCAGAGACUCGAACCUUGAAGCUCUCUGCAUUGUCAUUCAGCUAGCUGUAUUUUCAAAGGAUUUCAAGGUGGCUCAUUCUUUUAUAAGAGGUUUUUGGGAAAAACCAAAGUCAGAUGUUAGUGGUUCUUUUAAACAUUUUUUCGACCUUUUGAUAUACACCUACAAGGACUGGGGUUCUGAUCCCCAUGUAUUUGACGUUUUCUUUCAAGUUCUCGUUGAAGUUGGACUGCUCCAUGAAGCAAGAAAGGUCUUUGAGAAGAUGUUGAACUACGGAUUGGUUAUCUCUGUUGAUUCCUGCAACUUGUAUCUUAGCCGGCUUUCAAAGGACUGCAAUAAACCUGCUUCAGCAAUUGUAGUAUUCCGUGAAUUCCCUGAAGUGGGUGUUUGUUGGAAUGUCGUUUCCUACAACAUUAUUAUUCAUUCUAUUUGUCUUCUCGGGAAAAUAAGAGAAGCCCACCAUUUACUCCUGAUUUUGGAGUUGAAGGGCUACAUACCUGAUGUAAUAAGUUACAGUACCAUAAUAAAUGGAUACUGUGAAGUUGGUGAACUUGAGAAGAUUUGGAAGCUCGUAGAAGAGAUGCAACUGAAGGGAUUGAAGCCUAAUUCUUAUACCUACAGUAGCAUAAUUCUUUUGCUUUGUCGAACUGGUAAACUAGGCGAAGCGGAGAAGACAUUUAGAGAGAUGACAGGCCUGGGAAUAUUUCCUGAUGCUGUUGUUUAUACAACUCUUAUUGACGGUUUCUGCAAGAGAGGGGAUAUUCAGACUGCCCACAAAAUAUUCCAUGAGAUGCAGAAUCUGGGUGUUUCCCCAGAUGCUUUGACAUACACUGCUCUAAUAUCAGGGUUUUGUCAGAUUGGCAAGAUGGUGGAGGCUGGUAAAUUAUUCCAUCAAAUGCUUAGCAGGGGUUUAGAACCGGAUGGAGUUACCUUUGCCGAACUUAUUAGUGGGUAUUGCAAGGCUGGUGAGAUUAAAGAAGCAUUUAGCCUCCACAAUCACAUGAUUCAGAUUGGAUGCUCCCCAAAUGUUAUCACAUAUACCACACUAAUCGACGGGCUCUGUAAACAGGGGGAGUUAGAGACAGCAAAUGAUCUUCUCCAUGAAAUGUGCAAAAUUGGUCUCCAGCCAAAUAUUUGCACUUAUAACUCCAUUGUCAACGGUCUAUGUAAAUCAGGGAGUAUUGAGGAGGCGAUUAAACUUGUGGAAGAAAUUGAAGCUGCUGGACUCAAUGCAGACGUUGUCACUUAUACAACGGUAAUGGAUGCCUAUUGUAAAGCAGGGGAUAUGGCUAAGGCUCAUGAGCUAUUGAGGGAGAUGCUUGGGAGAGGAAUUCAACCUACUGUAGUCACAUUCAAUGUUUUAAUGAAUGGUUUUUGUUUGCAUGGUAUGUUGAAAGAUGGGGAGAGGCUUCUGGAUUGGAUGCUGGGAAAAGGUAUAGUGCCUAAUGCAAUCACAUAUAAUUCUCUCAUGAAGCAGUACUGCAUUAGAAACGACAUGCGAGCUGCAACUUUGGUUUAUAAGGGUAUGUGUUCUCGUGGAGUGAUACCUGACAAUAACACAUAUGAGAUUUUAAUAAAAGGUCAUUGCAAAGCUAGGAAUAUGAAAGAGGCGUGGUUUCUGUACAAAGAAAUGAUAGACAAGGGGUUUUGUGCCUCAGCUAGCACAUAUGGUGCUCUCAUUAAAGGAUUCUUCAAAAGGAAGAAAUUUGCGGAGGCGAGAGAACUUUUCGAACAGAUGAAAAGAGAAGGUUUAGCUGCAGAUAAAGAAAUCUACGACUUUUUCAUUGAUACAAAAUACAAGAGAGGCAAUUCAGAUACCAGUUUGGAUAGUGUUGAUGAGAUAAUAGAGAAUUACCUUGUGGAUAAUGAUCAUGCUGAAACAAAGUAGCUGGUGGGUCUGAACUGAAGUUCAUCUUAUCGAUAUCAAGUUGCCGAUUCUGCGGAAUCAUCUGAAGCCUGACCCGAAGCUCCUGAACCGUCAGGCACUUUGAGAGCACUGAUUGGGGAGAGGUUUAAGUAGAAGAUCAUUCUUCUCCGCCCUUUGGAAAUGGAUCGUGGGCAGUGUCUGUGAAGCAGAAACUUUCCGGCUGGCCCGGGUGCUUCAAUAGCUUCUCAGAAGGCAAGACAAGAUGCUGCUGCUCAAAUACAUUCCAGUGUGAUGUUUUUAACUCUGAUGCAGAACAGCAGAUGAUAGGUGAUCAGUGGUACGAGAAAAACAGUUGUAUUGAACUCUGUUUCUGUAAAAGAACUAGUUUCCAACCGUUGUAUAUGUUGUCUGGUUUUUGCCACACUAUCUUGUCUUUG